AUGCCUUCGCGUUUAUCAACCCCCGUCCUGACAGUGGACACUGCGAAGAUUCACAAGGUGGAUACCGCAAACACACAGAGCCUCCACGGGAUGUGGAUGGUCUUCUCAAAGUGCGCCGAUUUCAUGGAAGAGGGACGUCGGUUAGAAAACCUUAGCUGGAGACUCUGGACUCGUGAGACCUUUUGCGUGGAACCUGAAAGCUCGAGCGACACCUCUGUUCUGCCACUGCUGCGUUCAGAAGCCGCGGACCUGCCAGAACUUUCCGCCAGUGUUGAAUCAGCAGCUUCAGAUCAGGCCGAGCGGAUAGAAAAACACAUUAAGCGUCCCAAGGCCCUCGACUAUAAGCCCGCCGUUGUGCGCGAAGACUCGCUCUACAGCCUUGGCCGGGCAAAAGAGAAGCACCUCACAUCAUUAGACCUAGAGCGCAUGGUGCUCAACAUCAAGGAGAAGAAGAGCUUGGAACCUAUUACUCCUAUGGUAACACUCGCCCAGCCCAUCGUUGACAUUACACCUCAACCUUCGACCCCUACGCCUACUCCUCCCUCCAACACCACCCUCAGACGCGAACCCUCAUAUCCUCCUCUCAACGACCGACAGAACCACUCUACGGAAUCCUGCUCGACAACUGCUCCUGAGUGCAAUGACAGCGAUGCUGCUAAUAUGACUCUGAAUGCAUCCGACACCAGUGUUUCUUCCUCCGGUAUCAUUCCCACCAAGCCUGAAUUGAUCAAGUCUCCCAGUAUUGUCCGAGGUUUUUCUCCGUCCCAUAUUUCGUCUUCAUACCGGUCGCAACCCCGCCUUUCGAGUGACUCUGGAACAACGAAAAUGCAGGUGCCCAGCAAGCUGUCGCCUUUGAAGAAGAGGGGCAACAUGUUCACACUAGGAGGCUCUUCCGGAGAUGACGAGGACAGUUCCUUUGAGGACCGCAUGAUACAUGCUCCGCGUCAAAGUUCCCUCACAGAUCAGUUGGGAAGACCUGGCAGCAAUUUGAACCCGAACAACAGGAUGACUUCGUUUAAAGAGCAGGUCAAGUCAAUAAAAGAUCGCCGGAGGGACACUCAUGAGGAUGCGAUUGAGACGGAUGACGAAAUUUCUGAAAGUGCGAUUGAGGACGACGAGGACUCGGAUUGGGAAGACUCGGUUACUGAGAGCGGUCGCUCCAGUGUUGAAGAGAAAGAAAUGUUCCAACGCGUCGACUCGCGACCGAACCUGGUCUCCCGCCGCUCCCUCCUCACGAUGAUGAUGCACCAGCCCCUUAGAAUGCAAGGGAAUGCUUCUCGCUCCACCCCCGCUCUGCAACGCUCGCGUCUGACUUCGCCCAACGGACCUUCAAUUCCGGCAUCGCCGCCUGAUGAUGACGACGAGGAGAGUCUGACAAUGAAAGGCCCUGAUGUUCCUCGCUCGAAGCCGAUUAUCAUGAAGCCCGCCCCUCAGUCUGUCGCCCAUUCCCCUCGCACCACACGCCGAAACAUGUUGGCUACUGAGUUGACCGAGUCUCUUCGUCGCCACCUUCUUUGGGAGCGGCAGCAAAAGAGCGCGACAGCAAACGCAUUUAAGCGUAGACAUACCGCUCACGACAUGGCAAAUCUGAAAGAGUAUCCUAAGCCCGGAGGUCAACAACAAGGCCCGGCGCCCGCUUCGGACUAUGAUAAGGAUGUGGCCAAGACCGGUUCAUUCAAUCACUACACAGAUUUCGGACCCUGGGAGUACCACGCGAAGGGAUGGUAG